GGCUGUUGAUUGAAAGUCUUUUAUUGAUAUGUAUCCAGUUGAUUCAACUCGCCUCCUCACUUCAUGACAGGAAAACAGUUUCUGCUAUGUUUGACCGAUCACGACGUUCCCUGCUCGAGUUCGCGAUCAUGAUCAAAUGUCAUACUGGACGAUGGCCGCUCGACUACAAUGGUUACGGAUGCUACUGCGGGAUGGGUGGAGAAGGUCGCGUGAUCGACGAGGUCGAUGCGUGUUGUAAAUGGCAUGACGAAUGUUAUGACAGGUUGCUGGAUUCGAAAGCUUGUAAGAACCUGGUUCAUGUCUACAUAAGACCAUAUAGAUUCUGGCAACGUCGAUGUUGGAAGAAAGAUGCAGAGAUCAAAUGCUAUUCCAAACGCUCUUGUUCUAAAGGACUGUGUCAGUGUGACCGAGAGGCGGCGCUCUGCUUUGCUCGUGCUAAAUAUAAUGAAGAGCUCGAGGAUUUUGAUCGUGACAAGUGCAACCUUCCAUGGGUGAUGUCAGGUCCAUGGUGAUAUCAAAUGUCAAUAUUUAGUUUCAGAUAAUACUUUUUUUUCUCUCUUCUCUAGAGAUAUCUAGUUUGUAUGUACUUAUUGUGAAGAAUAAGUUAUUAUUACAGUGGCGGA